UUACCCGAUCCAUUUGUGAUUACUCGUACAAGUUUGUAAAACGUGUGUUAAAAAAGUCUCGAGAAUAAGGAACGAAAUUAUUAGAGGGCAGUUCGGUAUUCGUAAUUUUUUCCACUUACCUCGAGAGUCGGCAACUUCGACGACGAACCGCACGCAAUUCUUUUCGCGCCAUCUUCUUGAGGAAAACGAUCAAAAAUCCGCAGUAAACUCGUCCUCGAAGAAUAAAUAAAAAACAACAAGGAUGGCAGACAUUGAGGAUACUCACUUCGAAACCGGAGACUCUGGUGCUUCUGUAACAUACCCUAUGCAGUGUUCUGCACUGCGUAAAAAUGGGUUUGUAAUGCUCAAAUCACGACCAUGUAAAAUUGUAGAAAUGUCAACAUCAAAAACCGGAAAACAUGGCCAUGCCAAAGUACAUCUUGUAGGCAUUGACAUUUUUACUUCAAAAAAGUAUGAAGAUAUUUGUCCUUCUACGCACAACAUGGACGUGCCAUUUGUUAAGCGAGAAGAUUACCAGCUAGCAGACAUAUCUGACGAUGGCUACUUGUGCCUGAUGGCUGAUAAUGGUGAACUUCGUGAAGAUUUAAAAAUUCCUGAUGGUGAAUUAGGUGCUCAGUUACGUGCCGAUCACGAGGCUGGAAAGGAGCUUCUGUGCACUGUACUGAAGGCCUGUGGUGAGGAGGUCGUGAUCGCCAUCAAAACUAACACUGCCAUCGAUAAAUAAUUGUGUUCAGUCCAGACUCCACCAUCACAUUAAAGAAAAAAACAAAACACACACAGCUAAUAUAUUAUUAAGAGAAACCUAAGAUACAAUACAAGAUGAUCAAUGGUUAACAUAAGAACUAUUACCAACAACAAAUAGAGAGGAAAAGAGUGGGGGGCACUUGAAAAGAAUAAAAUGAAGGGAAAGGAAGUAAGAAUAAGGAAAAGGAAAGAGACAAACAAUUAUAUAAUUAUAAAAAAUGAAAGGAAGGGAAAACAAAUGUGCGCGAGCGUGUAAGUGUGAAGGAGGAGAGGAUUACAAAUAAUUGCAAAAAAAAGAAAAAAAAAACAAAUAAAAAGAGAAUAAACCAAGAAACAGUAUCAGCUUAGACCUUAAAAAAACAAAGAAUGUUUUUGGCGGCUUAAUGGGUUGAGAUUAAAAAUGCAAUUUUGACAAUGGGAUAUUUUGAAAAAGAACUCUUUUGUCUUGAUUUGUGGUUUCUAAAAUUUUCAUAUGAUUAGAGUUCUAUUUCUAUUGGAAUUUCAAUUACCCUUGCAAUAAUGAUUAUAUGCAAUUCUAACUGAUGUUAUAAUUUUAUUGAAAUUCUAGUACAUUUAGAAUUUUAAUUACCUAUAAGUUUAGGUUCCUUAUACCAACCCUUUAUUACAUUAUACUUUUCAUUGAAAUUUCAAUUCUUUUGCACUUUGAUGUUUGAUAUCUUCUAUUCUACUGAAAUAAGUAAAAUUCUAAUUUCAUUAGAAUCUUGAUUCCUCUAACAUUUCCAGUUUUGUUAGAAUUCUGGUUUUUUCCACAUUUGAGAUUGAUCUUUUUCCUUUUAUUGAAGUACUACGUCAUAGUGUAACUGUCCCGAUUUAGAAUUCCUAUCCUAUUUUAAUUUUGAAUUUUUUGUAUACAAUUAUAUUCUAAUUCUAUCCAAUCAUUAGUAGAAUUCUAUAUUUAAGUUACGUUAAACAAAAUUCAUGUUUUUAUUACAGACUCUCUUGAAUUUUGUAUCUAUCCAAAGUCCUUUUGUCUUAUUAAGUACUUGUUUUUAUAAUUUGCAUUUUACUAAAACAGGAAUGCUUGAAAUUUUUGAUCUCUUUAAAAAUUUAUAUUAUUUUCGAUUUGAUAAAAAUUACUACUAUUUUUUGUUUAAUUCUUCCAAUUUACAUGAACAAUUCAGGUUCAUAACUUUCACUCAAAAUUAAAUUCUGUGCUCGCAAUUCUACAUAUAAGAAUAUUAAAGUUUUAAUUUUAAACAUAGAUCUGAGAAAUUUUUAUUACUUCUCUGUGAAUUUCAGAAAUUUCAUUUGAAGCUCACGUUUCUGAUGUUGUUUUGUGUAGAACGAUUCCCAAAGCAACAUUUUGACAUUCAGAAUCGAAACUUCAAAUUCAACAAAUGUAAAACUGAAAUUUAACAUGAAAUUUUGGAAUUCAAUUUGAAUUACGGAUUCUGUAUAAUCAAGUUUCGAAAAUAAAAAACAAUGUCAAAUUUGAA